AUGGCUCUUGAGCUCUGCCUCUUGUUUCCUAUCUUCAUAAUUGUAGGGUUCAUGCAGCUUCAACCAUUUGUAGCCGCGAGUGAACCGCAACUUCCUUGCUACUUCAUAUUUGGAGACUCACUGGUCGAUAGCGGCAACAACAAUGAAUUAAUGACGGCAGCAAAAGCGAAUUACAAGCCUUAUGGGGUUGAUUUUCCACAAGGUGUCAAUGGUAGAUUCACCAAUGGUCGAACUAUUGCAGAUAUCAUCGGUCAACUUUUAGGUUUUCCCAAUUUCAUUCCACCAUACGCUACUGCAACGGACCAAGAGAUCAACACAGGAGUAAACUAUGGCAGUGGUAGUGCUGGUAUUCGAGAGGAAUCUGGAAGUCAUCUGGGUGAUCGGAUCAGCUUGGAUAGACAGUUAAUUAAUCAUCGAAAAACGAUUUCACGCCUUUCGAUCUUGCAAGGCAACAAAACAUUUACCCAUGAGUACCUACAAAAAUGUAUCUACUUAUCAAAUAUUGGAAGUAAUGACUACAUCAACAACUAUUUGAUCCCUAACAUUUACCCCACGAGCAACAUAUAUACCAACGAUCAAUAUGCAGCAGUCCUCGUGCAACAAUAUUCUCAACAAUUAAAGACUCUGUACAAUUUGGGAGCUAGGAAGAUUGUUGUGUUUGGUCUGGGUAAUAUAGGUUGUGCGCCGGCUAUGAUUGCACGGUUUGGCACCGGUGGAAAACCAUGCGUUGAGUCAAUCAUUGAUGCGGUCAAGCUAUUUAAUGAAAGGCUUAAGGCUCUUGUUGAUGAGCUCAACAAAGAUUACUUUGAUGCAAGAUUCACUUUCAUCAACCUAGAAAGCAUUUCAGCACCACAAGGAGAUGUAGCGAUAUUGCCAAAUAGUCCUUGUUGUCAAGUAAGGGCAGAUGGACAAUGCCUUCUAAACUCUCGUCCUUGCCCUAUUCGGGCUUUAUCUGUUUUCUAUGAUGGUUUUCAUCCCUCCGAAAUUACAAACACAGUCGUUGCAACAAGAUCUUACAUCGCAAUCUCUCCGAUGGAUGCAUCUCCUUACGAUAUUAGUCAUUUGGCUCGACUUUGAGAUUGAACAGAUUCCAUGAUACAAGUUGUUUUGCAUUCUUUGUAUGCUUGAC